AUGUUGAGUGUGUUAGAAGGCUACAAGUUAAACAAUUUCAAUUCUGUCCUACCUGAUUGGAUUUUCAGUCUAAGCAAUCUUAUCCGUCUUGAUCUAUACGAUAGCAACUUUAUAGGCCCAUUUCCCAAUGGUUCUUGGAUCUUGAACUCUCUCACACAUCUUGCUGCUGGACAUAAUUAUCUCAGUAAUUCUACCAUUCCCAGCUACCUUUAUGGCUUUCCCAGUCUCGAAUACCUCGACCUCUCUAACAAUAACUUGCAAGGUGUUUUAUCAAGUGCCAUUGGAAACCUGACGUCUAUCAGUAGUCUUCACUUGUCAAAUAACUCUUUGAAAGGGGAACUUCCAAUGUCUACAAGAAACCUUUGCAAUUUGCAAACGUUAGAUAUUUCUUAUAACCAACUGAAUGGAUCUUUCCCAGAGAGCCUUGCUUCUCUUUCCAAUUUAACGAGGCUUGAUAUUGCUUCUAAUCAAUUGGAAGGUGUGGUAACCGAAGCACACUUUGUUAAUCUCACACGUUUGAGCGCAUUUUCUGCUUCUGGAAACUCAUUAAUUUUAAGAGUAAGUCCAGAUUGGAUUCCUCCCUUUCAUCUGAGAUUACUACUAAUGGGAUCUUGGAACUUGGGUCCCCAAUUUCCAACGCGGCUCAAGUCACAGAAGGACAUUCAGACUGUCAAACUAGCCAGCACAGGAAUUUCAGGCAUUGUUCCCAGUUGGUUUUGGAAUCUAUCUGUUUCUUUUUCUUACGUUAACUUAUGUAAUAACCAACUCUAUGGGGAACUUCCUGUUCAGCUCCCAACUUCUGCCUUCUCCGUAAUAUAUUUGUGUUCCAACAAGUUCAAUGGUACGAUACCUCGUAACUCAUUGCACAGCUGGCAGCUUGAUCUUUCCAACAAUUCCUUGUCUGGAGACAUUUCUGAAGCUCUAUGUCAUCCAAAGGUUGAGAAUGAUCUCUUUAGUCCAUUGACAAUUCUUAAUCUUGGAGAUAACCUUUUAUCAGGAAAUAUUCCCGACUGUUGGGCGAAUUGGCCAUCGUUGCUGGGGAUAAACAUGGGUAAUAAUAAUCUAACUGGGAAAAUUCCAAGCUCUAUGGGAUCUCUACAAAGGUUGCAGUUAUUGUACCUUCGCAAUAAUAGUCUCUCCGGAGAAAUACCUUCAUUUCUUAUUAACUGUACGGCAUUGGAGAAUCUUGACCUUAGUCUAAAUGAGUUUGUUGGAGGCAUACCAAAGUUUUUUGGAGUUGGCCUUUCAAAUCUUAAGAUUCUUAAUCUUCGUUCGAACAAGUUGAAUGGCCAAAUUCCACUUGAGCUGUGUCGCCUUACUGGGCUUCAAGUUUUGGAUGCUGCUAUCAACAAUUUAUCCGGAACUAUACCGAUUUGUUUCAACAAUUUCAGUGCCAUGGUCACUAAAAAUCAUUCACGCCGUCACUCUUUCAUCGCUUUUGGUGACUUCUUUGGCAUCCCCUCGGAGAAGGCAUAUGUGGUGAUGAAAGGGAGAGAAGACAUGUACGCCGAAAUCGUCUCACUGGUGACUAGCCUGGACCUCUCGAGUAACAAGUUAUCGGGAGAGAUUCCAAAGCAACUCACAAGUCUCCAAGGAUUGAUAUCUUUAAAUCUGUCAGGAAACCAUUUGAGAGGCAACAUCCCGAAUGAGAUUGGGAAUAUGGGAUCAAUCAUAUCUCUUGAUAUCUCGAGGAACCUGCUGUCCGGCAAAAUCCCUCAAAGCAUGGCAAAUUUGAAUUUCUUGAGCAACUUCAAUGUAUCUUUCAACAACUUAUCGGGCGAAAUUCCACUGAGCACUCAACUACAGAGCUUCAAUGCUUCUAGCUUUAUUGGCAACCAACUCUGUGGACUUCCACUCCCCAAUAAAUGCAGAGCAGACCAUAACACAUCAGUUGAGGAUACGGAAGAUGAAGAAGGCGACAAAGAUGAAGAAGAGUACUGGUUCCGUUUGGGCGUUGCGGUCGGAUUUUCAGUGGGCUUCUUGGGUGUCAUUUCUCCCUUGGUCUUCUACAGAUUCUAUAGACGUGCUUACUAUUGGUUUUUCCAAGAGUACUUGUGGUACAAGAUUUUGGAUUGCUAUAUCAAAUUCAAACGCGUGGUAAGGAUUUAA